AUUGUAAUCAAUAUAAUAUAAUAAAAAACAAAUAACAUGCAAAAUGCAUCAUUUGGUGUAAUAAUUUUUAUUAUCAGACACGUUAACAAAAAAAAUGAACAUGUCAAUUUUUUAACAAGUAUUUAUAUUUGGUUUGCGAGUCUGCAAACAUGAAGUAUUUCCUGGUGAUAUUAUUGCUAAGCAUUUUUGCAUUUGCGGUUACUCAAAAACUUGGGGAGUAUAUAGUUGCUGACAAAACUUUUUUGAAAAAACAAAAAAAAGUGUUGUUAUUGUUUAAGUACAUAAACCAGCCGACGUAUUAUGUAGAACAUACAUUAAUACUUCUGUUUUGGUCCCCAAAACCCAAUAAACUUUCAUUUGGUCCUUCGAAAGUCUUUGACCAAUUCUGGGAGCAUUAUGAGUACAAUGAUCUUUUGCCCAAGGGAGACAUUUUUUCUGUGUUCAAUUAUGACCACCUCCAGCAGGUCAAAAUGCUUUUUAAGAUGUUCUAUCACGCCAGCGAUUUCACGACGUUCCACAAUUUCGCAGUAUGGUGCCGUCAAAAUAUCAACGAAGGCCUAUUUCUGUACACUAUCUCUGUAGCUAUAGUCCACAGACCGGAUACCUAUGGGAUUAUCAUACCGCCUAUCUACGAGAUAUACCCGUUCUACUUUUUCGAUGUUGGGGUUAUCAAUGAGGCUCAAAAAUACAAGCAAGUGUGGGAUGGUAGCGUAACACAUACCGUUAAAGCUAACUACUCAGGAGAGUAUUUAAAUUUACACCCAGAACAAUCUAUGUCAUACUUCUUGGAAGAUAUAGGCCUCAAUCAAUAUUACUACUAUUACAACCUCUAUCACCCCUACUGGAUGCCAUCUGAACCUUACAGCAUGCAAAACGAUAGACGUGGUGAGUUUUAUUUCUACUUCUAUCAAAAAAUUGUGGCCAGAUUCUACCUGGAAAGGCUCUCAAACGAUUUCGGUGAAAUUAAAAACAUCAACUGGCAAGUUCCAUUCGAAACCCCCUACGAACCUUCACUGAGAUAUCAAAACGGUUUGGAGUUCCCAUCGAGACCUAAAUUCGCAAGACUGGAAGAAUAUUUUUACAACUACGGCCAAACCUGGACCUGGAAAGGAAAGCAAGGUUAUGGCUACACUCUUAUAAAUGAUUACGAGCAACGAGUUCACGAUGCCAUGGAUUCAGGUUUUGCAAUAGACAUGAGUGGCGAGAAAAUCAACUUGUGGACAAAAGAUGGCCUGAAUAUCCUCGGAAACAUCAUCCAGGGCAACGCCGAUUCCCCACUUCCAAACUUCUACGGAUCAAUGGAAUUUUACGCGAGGCAUUUGCUGGGCUACGCCUACCAACCUUUAACCAAACACCAACUUCAACCAUCGAGCCUGGAACAUUUCGAGACCUCCAUGCGGGAUCCAGCCUUCUACCAGUUGUACAAACGAAUCAUACUGGAUUUCCAGAGAUACAUGUCCUACAAACCCGUGUACACAUCUGAAGAGUUGGCUUUCGAUGGGGUAGAAAUAGUGAGCGUUGAUUUUGAUCGCUUGGAAACUUUCUUCGACCCUUUUGAGUCUGAUAUCAGCAACGCUGUUUAUGUUACACCCUCAGAAUACCCCACUGACAAUUUUAAAGUGAAGGCUAAGCAGUUCCGUUUGAACCAUAAAGACUUCAGCUAUAACAUACUUGUUAAGUCCAGUAAGGAAGGCAAGGCGGUGGUAAAGAUAUUCUUGGGUCCGAAGUAUGAUGAGUACAGCCGUUAUAUGAACAUCAGCGAAAACAGACUUAACUAUGUUGAGUUUGAUCACUUUGUGCAUACUUUGAAAAGAGGGGAAAACAAAAUCAAAAGGAGCUCAUCCGAGAACCCUCUACAUGGACCGGAUCGCACAACCUACAGCGAGUUGUACACCAAAGUGGACAAUGCUUACAAUGAUAGGGGGAUAUUCUACUUGGACGGCACCCAACAGUAUUUCCAUUUCCCGCGACGUCUUAUGCUACCUCUGGGCAAAAAACAAGGAAUGCCCUACCAAUUUUUCACCAUCAUUUACCCGUAUGUUGAAUACGAAGGUGCACAUGAACCCAUGGGUAAAUAUUUUUACCCCAGAGCAGGCAGUGGGUCAUUUUUUAUCGACAACCAGCCACUGUUCUAUCCUUUGGACCGCUACAUCAAGUUUGAAAACAUGUGGCACGACUUGCCUAACAUGAACUUCAAACAAGAGUUAAUUUAUCGUACUUAACCGAUGUCAAUAAUUAUUUGGGUGAUUAUUAGCAUAAAGUAUAAUACUUCUUACCACAUUUAUUCUUAUUUUUGUAUAAUAAAAAAACAUAUUAUAUUCUUUUUAGAAGACUUUUGUAAAUACAUACACUGUUCAAAAUUUCAUGACCAUUUUAACACCAAAUUAACACCAUACAUGGUCUAUAUCGA